AUGCCACACAAUGGGCAGAGACUACAUAGUGGAGGGUGUGGUGGUGAAAUAUCUGUUCAAUCUCCGUGCAUCUUGUGUCACAGGACUUCUCAUUGGCCAGGGAAACACUACGGCGUGUACAGCUGUGAAGGCUGCAAGGGCUUCUUCAAGAGAACCAUCAGGAAGGACCUCAGCUACACGUGUCGAGACAGCAAGCAGUGCCUGAUCGACAAGCGCCAGCGCAACCGCUGCCAGUACUGCCGCUAUCAGAAGUGUCUGGCUAUGGGCAUGAAGAGAGAAGCGGUGCAGGAGGAGCGCCAGCGGGGCCGGGAGAAGAGUGAUAACGAGGUGGAGUCUACCAGUAGUUUUAACGAGGACAUGCCUGUUGAGAAGAUACUGGACGCGGAGCUGGCUAUCGAACCCAAGACUGAAGCCUACAUGGAGGCGAGCGCAGGCAACUCUAAGAACGACCCGGUCACCAACAUCUGCCAGGCAGCAGACAAGCAGCUGUUCACCCUGGUGGAGUGGGCCAAGAGGAUCCCACACUUCUCUGAGCUGCCCCUGGACGACCAGGUCAUCUUAUUACGAGCAGGUUGGAAUGAGCUGCUCAUUGCCUCGUUCUCCCACCGCUCUGUGACAGUGAAGGAUGGUAUCCUAUUGGCCACGGGGCUCCACGUACACCGCAGCAGCGCCCACAGUGCCGGGGUGGGCUCCAUCUUUGACAGGGUGCUGACGGAGCUGGUGUCUAAGAUGAAAGACAUGCAGAUGGACAAGACUGAGCUGGGCUGCCUCCGAGCCAUUGUUCUCUUCAACCCAGAUGCCAAGGGCCUGUCUAAUCCUACAGAGGUGGAAGCCCUGAGAGAGAAGGUCUACGCCUCACUGGAGUCCUACACUAAACACAGAUAUCCGGAGCAGCCUGGCAGAUUUGCCAAGCUGUUGUUGCGUUUGCCUGCACUACGCUCCAUCGGCCUCAAGUGUCUGGAGCACCUCUUCUUCUUCAAGCUGAUAGGAGAUACGCCCAUAGAUACUUUCCUUAUGGAAAUGCUCGAAGCGCCGCACCAGAUCACAUGACACAAGUCUUACCCAUUGUAAAUACCCCCUAAACCCAAUUCCCAGAUCCCGUACCCCGGAGUACAACUGCUAUGAAGUCAAACUUGAGAGUUCUUCACUUGCAUAUUUUGUACCGAGCACAAUUAAUAAUGUGAAAAUAAAACGUUUCUAUUGGUAUUUUAAGAAUUGAAACACUGUCAAAGGUGAAUUUUAAAGAGGAUUUGUUUUUGUAAAAAGAAGAGUAUUAAUUAUCAGAUCUAGCAACAACUGAAUGCAACAUGAAGUCUUAUUCAAUGAUGAAUGGUAUGAAAUACAGUUUCACCAGAAUAGAAUAUCUGUGCAAAUAAAAAGACAACUUUUAACAUAAUAAA